AGCCGUUAAGGCUCGAGCGAAUCCGUGGUCGUUGGGAGCAGUCUACAGGUCAUGGAUGUCAUGCUGACCCGACAUGCGGUCGAUAGAGCAGGCGAUCUUGGGCAGUGGCACGAGACUUUCGUCGCGUGUUGUGUUGCUGGUGUUGCUCUUGCUGCUGUCGGCGCUACUGCUCCUGCUGCAGUCCACUGGGCCCCCCGCUGUCUUUCGCAGCAGCGGGCGCUGGCACCUUGCUAUUGAGUGGGCCUGUGGAUCCGCAGACCCAGCGGCCAGCACCACAGUUCGCGACUGCAGCCGCAGGCUGACCGCUCAGACCUCGGGAAGCGUCGUGGGUCACUGGCGCUUCGACGACGCCGCUGGCACCCGGCACUGGCGCGACGAUUCGCCUUUCGGUAACGCUCUCGUCAGUCACCGGUAUUCUGGCUUCCAGUAUCCAUUCGCGGAGGUCAUCCCGGAUGCUGGGCUCGGCGCCAGCGGCGCAGUGCGCAUCUUAAGCCGCAGCCAUGCCAGGGCGGAGUCGGUGCCGGUCUUCAGGACCAUCUCGUUCUGGGCGAAGCCAGACCCAGGCACCUUCAUCAGAGUCGACAGGUUGGUGGGCGCAAUGGUCAGCGGCGAGUAUUUCUUCAUCAUGUGGGUCGAUCUCCACAGCUCGACAGUCCGCGCCAGGUUCACUGUCGGCGGGACUUCGGUAGAGCUUGGGGCAAGUCUGGACCUCAGCCAUCACGGGACUGACUGGGAUCACCUUGCAGUCACCAUGUCCGCGAGCGAAGCCAGUCUCUUCAUCAACGGAGUAAGCAGCGGGGAGCCGACUCAGCACAACUUGCCAGAGCCAGGCUUCGACUCUGUGGCGUUUCUGCUCGGCACUGGGCAUCCGCACAACGCUUUCUUCGGGGUCGUGGACGAGCUUCGCCUCUACAGUGCAGCCUUGGGUGAUUCUGAGGUGAUGGCACUGGCUGCUGCGAAGAGUACCAACGGUACUCCAGAGGGGGAGAACCUGCCCCCCCGCGUGGACGCGGGGCCUGCGCUGACGUUGUGGAAGCCCGCAGUCUCCGGCUGGCUUGAAGGCAGCUGCGUUGACCAGGACGGCGCCGUGGCCCGCGCGGAGUGGCAGGUGGUGCGGGGCCCCGACGUCAGUGCAGUCACGAUCCACGACGCGUCCAGUGCCUCCACACAGUUCGACAUGGCCUCGGAUGCGCCUGUGGGCGAGUAUUUGCUUAGGCUUGGCUGCUCAGACGGCGCACAUGCGCGCAGUGCGACAACCGGCCUCCUCGUGUUCGUCGCUCACGAGGAGAAGGUGGGAAACACCACCGAGUCUCUGCCGCCCGGCGAGCCCUUCCCGUUCAAGGGGCUGCCCGUUUCGCCUGUAGGCCUCUGGCCACUCGACGGCAGCCUCUCGAGCGCUCUGCCUGGUGGCUCGGAUGCGGAGCUCGUCCAGGUAAGGCCGACCGCUGAGUAUGCCUUCGUCGAGGACGGGAGAUUCGGCGGCGCGCUGCGCCUGACGUGCCCGAACAGCUGCGUGCAGCUGAGCCUUGGCAACGCAGAGCCAGCGGGCGCGCCGUGGCCCGCCAUGUCCGCCGCCCUCUGGUUCAAGACGGACAAGACGUCGAAGCUCACCCUCAUCAGCAAGGGCGGCUUCUCGUCACCGCUUCCCUCCGGCUUCACCCCCGAUGUCUGGCACCACUACGCCGCCGCGGCGGGCCCCGACAUAAGGAAGGCGUACCUGGACGGCCAGCCAAUCUCCAUGGAGAGCGGCGUGGCGAACCGCACCGAGCAGGACGCUGCGAGCACGCUCACCCUCGGCAUCUUCGGCGGCCACCCCAGCUACGGCUUCGACGGCCUCGUGGACGACAUCGCCGUCUUCGACUUCGUGCUGAGCAACGAGGAGGUGGAGGUGCUCUACACCCAGGGCGCUGCUUCUUUCACCCACCGCGGAGCGAUGAAUCCGCUCUGGCGUGGGGCCUACAACAGGACCAUGGUGGCCUACUUCCCCGAGCUGCCAGAGGAGCCAGAUUACGCGGGCCACGCUGAUGGGCAGCAUCCAUCCCAGGACUCGCCCGCCGCUUACGUGCACCCGCGCAUCUUCUUCACGCCAGAGGAGUUGCCCGCGUUGCGACGGCGGCUUCGACAGACGACCGUCGGGCGCGUGGCCAUGGAGAACAUCCGGGGCAUCUUGAGGCAUAAUUGGGACGAGAACUACCCGUGGUGGUGGGCGAGGAACGCCACGGAGGAGGAGUUGUUUCAGGUGAGUCCUGCCCAGGACUUGGAUCAGCAGCUGAUCCUGGAGUCCUUCCGCACCCUCAUCGACGGGGACAGCGCCAUGGCGGUUCGAAUCGGCCAACAGCUGGACUAUAUGGCCGACGCCGUUCAGGCGCGGCUUGACGCGGCCCUGGCUGAUCUGCGCUCCGCACCCUGGGAGCUCUUCAAGAGCGUGACUGCCUGGGACAGCACCAACGCCUGGCAGGAACCUGGUGGCCCGCUCCUGCGGUAUACACUCGUAGCCUACUGCUAUGACUUUCUCUACCCUUGGCUCCAGCAGGGCACGCGAGAUAAGCUCCGCAGGCUGAUGGCCACCGCCACGCAGAAUAUGUGGUUUACCGGCAUGGACGCCGUGGAGGCAUACUUCGCCCUUACAAGUAAUUGGUUGCCUUGGGUCGGUGGAGAUAUGAUCGUCACGAUGCUCGCUAUCGAGGGGGAAGACGGAUUCGACAAAGGCGUGUACGCCCGAGCUGCCAAGGCAGUCAAAGGGUGGAGCUUGCUCGGGGUCUCCGCGGUUUCGGGCGCAACCUACGAGGGCGGCGGCAAGAACACAAUCAUGGGGCCAAAGCUUAUGGCAUUGGCCAGACACGGCUAUCCUCAGUUCCUCGCAAUGCCUGGCAUCCGUAAGCACGGCUCCAAGUAUUUGCUCCACACCAUGCUGCCCAACGGCCUCUGGCUCGAGGACGAGAAGUGGGGCAGCGUCGAGGCCGUCCCGCUGCCAGGCGACGUUGCCGUCCUGAAGAUGUGCUACCCGACGGACGUGGCUUUGGACUGGAUAUACCGUACGGCGUCGAGGGCCAGCAGUUACGGGGGCAUGGCCCAGGAUUUCGGAGGUGGAGAUGGCGCCAUGCCCUACCGCUCGUUCACGCAGGAGCGGUCGUCGGUGUACACAUACAACAACUAUGUGACCGACGUGAUCUACGCGGUCGACUGGGAAGGUCCUCUGAAUCGGACGGAGCACGCUCUGGCAGCUACAUAUGGCCAGCCUCUAACGUACGUGGCCACCGACACGGGCUUGCUCGUCACACGCUCGGCAUGGGUAGGCGAAGACGCGGCAUGGCUGGCGUUCCUCGUGCGCUCGUUGCCUGGAGGCCACAGCACUGCGGCUCGUGGCGAGUUCAUAUUCCACGCCAUCGGAGAGACUUGGGCUUUCUAUAACACAGGUACGAACAGCCAAUCAGAGAUGCACAGCGUGAUCUUGGUUGAUGGGUUGGGUCAAUCCUCUAAUGCUCCUGGGAAGUUUGUACAGUUCCAGGAUUCGGCCGAGGCUACAUUCGGGAGCAUGGACGCGCGACUGGCCUAUGGUUGCCAGCAUUUCGGCGGCGAUCCAAGCCGCGAGGUCAUGAACUCCUUCAUGGUUGAGCCGCUGCCCUACAAGUGGGGGGACCUCCGUUAUGACCAGUUGCCAUCGUGGUUUGCUGGCAACGGACCUUGGCCCCCCCAGUGGAGCGGAAAUAUCGCCAAUCUGUUUACGAAGGCUUACCGCACCGUCGGCAUGGUACGUUCCCAAACGCCUUAUGCGAUCGUGUUCGACGAUAUCCAGAAGGACAUCGGUGAGCAUGUAUUCGCCUGGAGAAUGCCGCUGAGGGACCGCUUUUACAGCUACCAGCCCAGCCUGGGCGAGCACGUUCUUAACGUAGUGGACCACAGCUACUUCGGAGCCGACGGCAGCGGCAGCGAUUUCAUCCUGAGGGACACAUCGGGUGGGCCAGGCCGCUUGUUGGUCCGGCUGCUAGAGGGCAGCAGCCCACACAUGUCGGCGGGUAUAAUUUCUUCCCCUUGCAGUGCGCUACAGGUGGAGACGAGGGCUGUGUCGGCACGCUUCAGAGUGCUAUUGUGGCCCCUCGAGAACGCGAGUUCACCUUUGCCAGUUACGAGUUGGGUUGAGGCAAUCUCCACGCUGAAGAUCAAUGAUGAUGAGAUCGUCUUGUCAGUGACCGACGAUGGCGCAACCAUGGUCGAGGCUUUGAAGGUUGACGGCGCCAGCGUUGCCCUCACGACCAACGAGAUUGCCCAGACCAGCCCGCCCGACGAUGCCAGCGGCGUUCAGGGCCGCGCAGAUCGUGCAUAUCUAGCCGUACGCGCUUGCUUGCUGUAUGGAGCGCUCAUGUAAGUGGACGCCUCGCGUGGAGAAGGGCUCAGGUACGUCUCGGGUAAUUGUACCCGGUAUUGUGGCCGUCCGGCCCAAGAUCUGGAGGGAAAAAACAAAUAUCGGGUUGGGAGGAUGGGGUUGGGGAGAAUGGGUCAGAUCAUGCGUAGCAUCGCGUAGGUCGAAGGCACUCAUGAGACUGGCAUGUGCACGGGCACUGGCCGUUUCAUCCUCCAACCCGCCUGCAGCUUGAAUUGCCAGUCGAUUGGGCUGGUACUUUUGUUUGAACGUGGGCUGGUUCUUCGAUUCCAUAUCGCUGGAAACGACGUUCCGACUCAUCGCAUUCACGCGUCUCUCCUUCAUCGUCAGCUCUUCCUCCGGAAGAACCCUGCUCCGCGCGUCACUGGCUGGGCCUGUAUAGUUUGGAAUUACAUCUGGGGUCCGAUCGGCAGCGAUGCUGCUCGCUGGUGCCAACGGCUCAUGCAGAAGUCAUGACAAAACUCAUGCAGAACGGAAGCUGCAGGGUGGAGCCUGAGUCUUUGGAAGUUCCCAGGGGUCCAAGAUGGCCCCGAGAGGGCCACGAGGUAGGCUGCAGCAUGCAACCCGCUUCUUAGGAAGCUUGCGCGGUGUCGGAUGCGCGGCCCAUGCGCUGCGGCGACCACGCGUGCUCCUCUCGCUGGACGCAGGCGGCCGAAGGUAUCGUUCAUUGCAUCCAGAUGCUUUUGCUCACGCCCUGCAUUGUCCCAACCCUUUUC